AUGUCCUUCCUCUUGAACCCAUCCAGCUCACGCGAGCCUGCGACGAAAGAUGAGGCGGCAGCUCAGCAUAUGACUGUUGAGAAGCUUGAACACGAUCGGAUUGUCGGUCUCCAACUGCUGGUUGGUACCCGAUUGAGCUACACUCUGAUCCUUUGGAUUUUGAAAGCAGCCCUGCUUUCAUUCUACUCUCGAAUGUGGAGGCUCAUUUCUAAGGAAACACAGCCGGUAUGCCAGAAGGGCAUGGUUUACUUCUUUGCUCUAGCCGUAGGCAAUAUCAGCACAGAUAUUGCACUACUAAUACUGCCUUUCCCGACCCUCGCUGUGGCGAGACUAAACACGAGAACUAAGAUCCAACUAGGAAUCUUGUUCAGUAUUGGUCUUUUGGUCAUCGCAAUCACAAUUGUCCGGAUACCGCUGAUUCUUAACGAUUCCAUGUCUCAAAAGGCUCGGUCCACAUGGGCAACUAUAGAGAUUCUAUGCAGCUGCAUUGUGGCAAACACGCCUUUCUUUUAUGGACUGUUGAGAGAGCUUGGACAACACAAGGGUACACAGCCUUCAGCUACCGAUCCGAGUAGAUCAGAAGGUCCAUUCUAUCUCCAGAGCAAAGGAGCAGACCACCGCUCCUAUGAGCUGCAGGCUGCAAAUAGUGAUGGAAACAACAAUUCACAGGAGCUGAUCAUAAUGCCGUAA